UCGCCUCAGCCCUUCCCCCUUCUCUGCUCGAGCAUUCCAUCGGAAGCGAGAAGAGGUCCUGUAGAGAUUUGAGGAUGGGUCACAGAUACGGGGAGUAGCCUGCUAGUGUGGGGAGCUUGAGCCUCACUGCAAGUGAUGGAAACUCUUCCUGAUGUCUACCCUUUAACAGGGUUACAAAUUGGGGACAUACAGUCCUAUGUGUCUCAGGCAUUCUUAUAUGUUGCUCCCUUAAGCAGAAGACUCCUUGUUAUGGUUGAUAACCGACCCUGGUCAGAGAACAAGCAGUCUAGCUCAACAAGGAUAUGGCAAUUUAUGGUCACAAAGUAUAGGAUGUCUCCAUUUAUGAACACUAGGGUAGCACAAAAUACUUUAGAUAUAGGAAGCAGAUGUGACAGUCAUGAUGGUCAUCAGUCUUACCAUGAUAAAUCCAAGAAGUUCUACCGAUGGCUUCGUUUAAUGGAUUCUUCUAAAUUGCAAGAAAAGUACUUGCAUGCAGUCAUGAAUUUGAGCAAAUCACUCCAUGGCUUUAUAGUAUUUGAAGUGGCAUGGAAAGAUGUGCAUGGUAUCAAUUACCUAAAUGAACUUCAGACAGAUACAUCUUUAGCACUGGAAGUGAGAACCAUGAAGAAGUGGGAAUUCUUUGAUCCCGAGCAUGCCUCAAGUUGUAUAUCACAUUGGUUCUCAGACUGCAUAUCGGAAACUCAAUCACUCAAGGACUAUCUAAAAAAGUUAACUGACCUGGAUCUUCAAAAUUCCAGUUCGCGAUCCUUAUCUGGUCUUGAAGUAUCUUCUUUAGAUGUUCCACAUGAAAAAGAAUUCUCAGAUGCACAAGAGACUCCCUUCAAACCGAAAGAUAUGGACACUGAUGGAAAAGGACUAUGUAAUAAGGAAAGUAAAGUUGUCCAGUAUGAGAAUGACUAUAUUCCUGACCAAAAGUUGUGCACGUUAGUACCAUCUGAUGAAAAGAAAUCAUUGAUGGACAUAGAUGCGAAGGAUGAUGCUCUUAUCUCACCUACUAAUUAUGCUGAUACUCUAAUACUAUUUCGAUUUAAUGACAGUUUACUGCCAUUCAAGCUGAAGCAAAUUAUCAUGUCUGAUAUUAGGCUUCUAACUUUGCUCGAGAGUGGUCUUCCUUCAUGGGUUAUAUUUUUCCAUUCCUAUCCUCUGUUCUGUCACUUCUAUCGCCCAUGGAUGCGGCUUCUAGUGAAGACCCUUCAUGUAUUGGUAUCAUUGGUGACAGUCAUCAUUGGGUUUUAUGAUUUGUACAAAAAUGUACCUCUUUUAAAGGCCACAGCAGCUCGCCUUUGCGGUCCACUUUUUGAUUGGAUAGAAGCAUGGGAUAUGGUUACUCGGAUACAGUACCUUGGGACAAUAUUUCUUCUCCAAAAUGUCCAGAAGAGCAUUAAUUGGCUUCUAGUGAUGGCUCGUACAAUAAAAGCGAUACUAACAGUGAUAUCAAAGCCAUUAUUUGGUCCACUUGCAGAAAUCACAAGUUUCAUCGCUCCUUUGUGGAAUGUGUUUGCAGAUAUUGGUGGGCUAUUUUCUUCAACUAUAUGGUCUUCAAUGGAAUCCUUGUACAAUGUGAUCACCGCUCUUGCUGAGGUUUUCUUGUGGCCAUUUGAGGUUGCCUACAUAUAUGUCUGCACUACAGCAACAUUGGUUUAUCCGAUCUUUUGUUGCAUCUGGGAACUUUGUAUUCUUCCUGCUCGUUGUGGUAUGACUUUGGCAAGUUGUGUCCUGUCUUUACUAUCAAAAUCAUAUUACUUGCUAAAGGAUAUUUGGGAGACUAUCAGUAGCACUUUUGAGUUUUCAUAUCUAUCAGAGACGGAACAAAGUACAUUUGAUAGCUCAGUUUUGCAAGAGCUAUGGAAUGAUCUCUUUUCGCAGGUUUUUCGAGCUAUUCGAAGCAUCAUAAAUGGUCUUCUAGCAUUUUUUAUUUCAUGCAACCGGCACCGCCUAAGCUUGUACAACCACAUGAGCGCAUUCCUUCAUCACUUAGCUGGCCUCAUCAGAAUGACACCUCAUAAACGGCAUUGUGGGGAAGCACGACAACUGGAGCAUAGUCAUCAGGAAAAUCAUCAUGAAUGUGAUCUCUGCAAGUAAUUUCCUCCACUUCCAAGACACUGUGCAGUGAAUACAUAAACUGUGUAGGGAACCUAUCAAACUAUGCGUUGGACCUGCAAUGAGCAAAACGUGUACCUUCAUUUUAGAUGUAAUGCUGCAUAUCUGUACCUAUGCAUGUAAAUACUGCAUUUUUUACCUUUCUUCUACCAUGUAGUAGUUACCAUAUGCAGAUGUCAAAGUCUUGUAGCAUUAGAAUUAGAACAGUGCAUAAAGAAAAAUGUAUAUGGCACAAAGAAAAGUGGAUACAGAACAUUGUAAAUGAAUAAUAAAUGCAAAUAAUCCAUUUGAUUUGAGUUCA